UUUGUUCUUUACUAACAUUCUAUUCGGAUAAAAGUAACACUUAUUUUGUGUAUGUUGUUGGCUAAAGCGGUGUAGCAUGGGUUACGAAAUGGAGUAACGCAUUCUGCAUGCGCAGAAGAGUUGACCGACACCAAGACAUUUAAAGUUUCUUUUGGAUUCAGUGGGCUUUUUUAUCACACCAAGCUUUCAUAGUUUUGAGACUUCUUAGCUAUGUUUUUGUGCCUAUCUGGCAGAGCUUAGCAAAGGUGUAGCGUUGCACAUUGCACAAUCAGCCAUGGAACAAAUGGAGCAAGUGGGGACCUCGGGGCUGCCACCCCUUCUGCCAUCGGUGCCGGUUCCUGUACCGGUUGCUGAUUCAGAGCAAAGUGUAGAUCAAGUUGUGGAGCAAGAUUUAUGUAGUCUGACAGAACUGGUUCCUGUACGUUCGAAACAGCACACCUCUGCUUCAGACCGGAUAUUGGCAGUUGAAGAAGAGGAACUAGUGGAUGACCCUUUGGAGGAACAACUAGAGGAAGAGAUGCAGGAGGAUCCAUCGCCAUCUGUUCAAAAAAUUGGUCAAACUUUGAUGGAAAUUGUUGUCAGUAAGUUUGAUACAUCUGAACUUUCACAAGAGGAUCCUCACCCUGAUAAUGAAGAAGAUCUGAACCCAGAUGUACCACUUGAAUUACCAUCAGAAACCUCAGACACAAAUUCAGAAGUUCGCCCUGACACCCCAUCAGAUGGGAGGUCCCAAUCAAGCACUCCAACAUUCCAAGUUCCUCCACAUUUGCUUGGUAGGACUGUUGAAAAUCCACAAUCUGACAUUCCUCCUGGAAGACGCACUCAGAAGCCUCGACUUGGUGUGAGAGUCCCAUAUCGAAACCUUACCAGCCAAAUUGUAACUCAAAAUGAGAUUGCACAGGAAAUAUUUGAACGUACCCAAAAGAAACACCCUGAAAUGGUGCAGGGUAUGGUGCCAAAAGGAGGCAUAGCUAACUCUGAUUUAUUUACACGGAAAUUGACUCAGCGCUUAGCAAGUUCAAUUACCGCUCCUACUGCUAAACCGAAGACUGCUAUUGUUCCUGAGUCCAUUGGUACUCUGAAAGCUCUGCUUCCAAACCAUCCAAAGCAACCUGGUGCUGCUGCUGCAGCCAUAGUUGAUGGUGUUCGACUUUCACCUGGCUUCACAUACAACGAGAAGGACAAAGCUAUGGAUGAUGCGGAAUUACUCUCUAUUCUUGAAGGAGAUGGUGAUCCACUUUGGCUGCCUGAUAAAUUACUCCGUAAACCAGAAAGCUCUCAAACAGGCUCUUCACCUACACCUCCUGCAACAAAUGCAAUGCCAGUUCUUACUCCCCCUCCACCCCCUAAACUUGAUCCAGAGGUGGAAAAGACUCUUGCCUUAAAGCAAUUAAUGGAACUUCCUACUGCCUUUCCCCCUAAGAAACCUGAGAAGAAAGCUGAGUCUAAGCGUAGUCGAAGAAGAAGUGGGAAAGCUAAGCAAGAUGGUGGGGAGAAUGAAGAAGGUGUUGUAGUGCCGCUCGCCACACCAGAGACUGGAAGUGUCAACCAACUUGCUGUUGAAGAAAAUGGUGGUAAUGCUGAAAAUGCUCCUCCUGUUACUACUCCAGCUCCACCUGCCAAAAAAGCAGUAUCAAGCAGGAAAAGAAAAAUGACACCCGAGGUUGCUGCUGUUUUGAAGAAACCUAGGGUAUCUAAGAAAGCUGAAGCAGCAGCCAAAAAUGAAACAAAUGCAAAAGUCGAUCCUAAGGCGGAAGUUCUUGGUAAACUUGACGCUGCUGAAAGUGUGGCUAAUGGCAAGGCAAAGGGAGGAAAAUCUGCUACUCCAACUCCUCCUGUUGAGUCUAAUAAAAAGAAAGUUGGUGGUAACAAGAAAGCAACACCCCAAUCAAAGACUGAACCUGAACCUGUGGUAACAAAUGGAAAUACUGAGACCACCAUCAAGAAGAAAUCAGUAAAGAAAGCUGGAAAACGAAAACCAGGAGACACUACUCCCAAAAAGCCUGCUGUCAAAACAACACCGACCAAGACUGUGAAAUCUCCCAAGGUUGCCAAUAAAAUGUCUAGUGCUACAGCCAACAAGUCUCAAGUACCACCACAAUCACCAAAGCCACAAAAGUCAACAGAACUGAUCACUGAGGCUGAGGAAGUUUCAGAACCACCCAAAGACCUGUCGAUGGAAGUGGUGGAAGAAGAACCAGCACCCAUCUUAGAGCCACCGCAAGAACCUGUGGAGAAGGAGAAGGAGCCACAGUCUCAAACACCUCAAAAGAAAGCAACACGCAUUAAUAGAGAGCUUGAACAUCUAUUGGGUGAUGAAGGUGCUGUUAACAUGCUGUAUGCUGUGGAGGGUCACAAACGCAAGGGAUCUAAAGACCUUGCUCUUAAGGCUCGUCUUGUAAAGACAGCUGUUAUGCGGCUCAGCUCAAGUCCUCAGGGUCACAUGCCUCUUGCUUUGCGGGCCAGACGCAGUUUAAAUGUAACUGAACCACCUAAGCUUGUGAAGAUGAGUGGAAGUCGCAAACAAAGACAUCAUUCUUCUGAAUCUUUGGACUCUAUGAGAUCACCUCCUUAUUUGACACCAGUUGAAAACGUUUCAUCUCAAGUAUUCCCUCAACGGCAAAAGUUGACUGCCGACGAUUCUCGUAUUAUCCGCCGCCAUUCAACCAGCAGCUCGUAUUCGAGUCCUGAUGUAAGCCCCCGUCGAGCGAGUGUUGAAGAUGGUAGUGCUCAGAAUGCUCCAGGAACAUCUGGUAGCCCUAGAAAGAAGGGAGUACCAAUCUUUGUUCGGGAUAAGGCCAGAAACCUGACAUAUGAUGGUAUGAAAAAACCUAAAGUUGUGAAUCCAGUUGCUUUUGAUUCAGUACUUUUGAAAGAACAAUUGCUUGAGCUGAGCAAGAAACCAAAUCUCUUACCAAACCCAGCUGCUAUUAAGACUAAGGAUCUCAGAAAACUAAGUGAGGUGAAUGGAAGAGUUAAAACAGAAUUAUUAAAAAAGAUGAAGAAGGGACUUGAUUCUUCUUCUGCAAUUGCAAAGAAGGUCAUCAAACUUCAAAGAGCCCAACUUUUGGCAGAGAGGAAGGCUGCAGAAGAAAUUGCCAAAGCUCAAAAGGUUGCAGAAGAACUGAGACAAGUUCAGAAAGAGGUGGAUGAUCUAGCCGUGGAAGAUGAGUUACCCAUUACACCAGUUGUCAUCAAACAGGAGGGCAAAAAGAACUCUGCCCCUCAGAGCCCUGAUGCAGCAAGCGAGGCGUGCAAGUGCACUUAUGGUGCUUGUUUGGCCAGCUGUGCCCGCUGCGUUACGGGACCCCUAUUUUGUGUGUCUCCGACAGGCUACUCCAACCUGCUGAAGAGUCUUCAUCCUAAGGGGAAGAAGAGUCAUGAGGAAAGACAGCGAGCUACUGCCAGACACUGUGCUGGCACCUACAACUACAAAGAAAUCACCGUACGCCGUUAUGAUAAUGUGGUUCAUGUGAUUCUUGCACCAGUUUCGACCAAAAUGAGCAGUUCGUUGAACAUUCAGGUUCUACGUGAACUACGUGAUGCCUUGCAACAAGUGCGCAAAGAUGAUCAGUGCAAAGUGGUUUUAUUAACAUCAUCUGGAUCAAUUUUCUGUCAAGGAAUUGAUGUAUCUGGCCUCAUUCAAAGUAACAAUGAAAAGAGAAAAACAGCUGCAUUUGAAAUGUCCCUGGCUCUUAAGGAUUUCCUGAAAUGUAUUGCUCACUUCCCCAAACCAGUAGUUGCGGGUGUGCAGGGAGCAGCAGUUGGCCUUGGUGUUACAAUGCUUCCUCUAUUUGACAUGGUGUUUGCCAGUGACAAAGCAACUUUCCACACUCCUUAUGCUCAAAUGGGACAAGUACCUGAUGGUGGAGCUACACUCACGCUUCCAUAUAUGCUUGGGCAUACUGCUACAAGUGAGCUGCUUCUAAAUUGCCGCAAACUCACGGCAAAUGAAGCUUUGAAAUGUGGCCUUGUAACUAGAGUUCUCUGGCCUGAUAGAUUCAUGGAGGAACUAAUCCCAAUAGUCAAGAGUAUUGCUCAGCAAUCAGCCCAGUCCAUGGAGGCUACCAAAGCACUUUUACGGCAUGGUCUACGUACCAAGUUUGAUGCUGCUUUGGAAUCAGAAACUCAUCUUCUUGUGGAACAUUGGACAAGCAAAGAGUGUCAGUUAUCAUUUCAGGGCAUGGUUGAAAGUGGAGCAGUUACUCUUCAACGACAACGCGCGACAGAUGCCUAAGACCUCAUUCUGCAACUCUUAUCAUAUGACUAGGUUGUGUGAUGCCAAAUAUUCAUUGUGAACAAGUGGUUCAGAAAGUUUAAUCAUAAGCUGUCCUCUGAACUGCAAUCAGCAUAAUUCACGCGGGCGUUUCCUUCCAUUUUUUUUUUUUUAAAGAAAAGUUUUCCAACUCUCCUUUUUAGUUAUAUUUGUCAUUCUUUGUUUAUUUUGUUAUAGAUAUUUUCUGUUACAUCUCAUGUAAAACUACAAUCAAUCAUGUUACUUCGUCAGUUUCAGUGCAGUCAUGUGUUGCUUUCUGUCAUUCUUAACAAAUAACUUUUUUGAAACAGUUCAAAAUGAGAACCACUUUGCCUAUAAUACAUUUAGUAGGUAGGAAAAGUUGUCCCUCUGGAAAGAUCAAUAAACUAGUCUAGAAUCAAGGAGAGGAGGAAUGUAUGUAUUGUACAUAUAUAUAUCAAGAAGUAAAACUAUUGUGUCCCAGCUAAAAGAAAAAUUUGGACUGUGUAGACAUGCUAGUAAUGGACUGUUAUUCAUUUCCUGUUGUACCAUAAGAAUUCUAUCAAAAGUUUACUUGAAAUUGUAUAUAAGAUGUUAUAGAAAUUUCAGUUGUUGCACUAUAUUUAGUCUAAAUUUCUUUAUUGGUGUGUUGAAAUUUUACUCCUUUUAUUUGGUACAGAGUUUAAAACUGUGCAUAUCUUCUUUGAAUCAAGUAAGCAAAGAGCUUUUAAAGCUAGAAUUUGCUGCUCAUUUUUGUUUGGUUUAUCUUCAGCCGAGCCAAGACCAGAGCUCACAUGCAACCAUUACCAUUACUUUUAUGUAGUAAUAUUGCUGAGUGGUUGCCAUCUAUUUCUAAUUUUAGAAGAUAUUAGAACAAUUGUGCUGAACAGAGGGUAUUAUAAUCGAAGUGAGGUGAGGUUAUGCAGUCUUCAAAACCAGGAAAGCAGUUGUACUGGACAGACUUUUAAAUUGAUAAGGGUAUUAAUGUAAGCCUUUCAUUACUAGAAAGUUAUUUUGGUAGAUGUAUAAAUUCAGAGUAUAUAGAAAGUUGACAAUCUUUUUUUUCUUUCUUUGUGCAAUGUUCUUGUGACUGAUGGAGAGUUUUUUAUUUCUUGUUUUUAUUAUUUCAAGAACAUUCUGAAUUGUUAUUCAUUUAGGUAGGCAUGACUUGCAAGCUUGCUGAUCUCUACUGGCUUAAGAAAGGGGGAAAAAUUGGACCAUAUGCCAAGAGUGUAGGCUGCAAGAAGAUUUGGUCUUGUAUUAUUUUAUUCAACUCUUCUGCCUCUUAUUUCAUAGCUCUAAGUGUUCUCUUGUCAUUCGCCUUGUGGGCCUUUCACAUGUUUUAUCAUUAUUGAUGUGCCUUUCCCAUGUGUUAGCGAAAUUUUGUGCCUUUCCUGUUGUCUGUUAUCGUGUGUCUGUUCAUUGUGCAUUUUGUUAGUUACAUAUAUAAAUGCACAGUAAAAUCAAUUAUGUUUUAAAUCUUAAUUACUGUAGCAGUUAUAUCUGAUUUCAAUAGUUAUUUCUUAUGGUCAAAAUUAGAGUCAAUGUAUUGAUUCACUUAAAAGUUUGUUUCGCACAAUGAAUCUUUGUUGUAUUAUUGCAUGUACAGUAUAUGCUUCAUUGCAUGUGAACCCGGCACCCCCUCAAUAUCUGUGAAAAUAUCACAUGUAGAGCAUAAGAUGAGCCUUUACUUAUGCUGUACAUAAAAGCAUUACAAAUAAAGUUGUAAUAUGUGGAUUCCUAUCUGAAA